AUGGACAGUGAUACCGAAACUCCCUCCAAUUUAUCUACGGAGGAAUUGUUGAAGUUGUUCAAUACCAUACAAACUUCUGUUGAUGCUACGAUCUCCUCGUCUGCUCCGUUAGCUACCAAAGUGAAAAACAAUGAUGAUUCCCUUGAUUUUACCAAUGGUCUAUCCCUCCUUCUCCUCCGUCCUCAAAUGCUAUUGUCCUCCUUACAAAACCUCAUUAUCCUGUUAUCCCUUCGUCUGAUCGACCCCUCUUUACCUUUCCCCACAUCAGACGAAGUACAAUCUACAAUCUCCCUCUCUACCCCAUUUACUGCCCCCCGCUCCCACAAGGACAUAGCGAAGAGUAGUGUGGGAAGUAUGCUCAGUGAGCUCAGUGGGGAAUUGAUGUUGGGUCAAGAAGUUAUGGAUAAAGUUAGAGGUAUGGAGAGUAAAUUGGAAUAUCAAAUCAAGAAGUUGAUAGGUCUCGCCGAAACUAGCGAGAAGAAAGUCACACAGGAGGAUGUCGAAGAAGAUCCAUUAUCAUUCCGACCCAAUCCAUCCGCUAUAAUAUCCUCUCGAGAACCCACAACAGCAUCCUCCUCUACCAAACCAUCCAGAUACGCCGCUGCUUCAGACGAAGAGGAUGGAUCUUCAUCUCAGAUCUAUCGACCCCCUCGAGUCGCAGCAGUUCCAUAUCUAGAGACCGGUGGAGGUCGAUCCGAGCGUAAAGAGAGACAGAGACAGGCUCCAGCACUUUUAUCUGAAUUUGCAGCUUCUAUCGAUUCUGCACCCAUACUGGAAUCAACUUCGGGUCUAUCGGUUAGACCAGUCUCUAACAAGGCUACCAACUCUGUAUCUGCAAAAAGAGCAGAGGAGCUCAAGAGAAUACAAGAGUUUGAAGAAUCCAAUAUGACUAGAUUGGUCACCAGUAAGAAAGAAGCUAAGCGCAGGAGGGAUGACGAAGCCGCCUUGGCAAUGGGUUUCGGUGUCGGCAGUGGGAGAGGUAGACGAGGAAGGAACGGACUGGAAGCUGAAUUGGAAGGUGUCCUUGGUGAUAGAGGUUCCAAAGGUGUUUGGGACGGGGUGGGUAAAUUGGGUCACAGAGGGGACACGUUACAACGUGGGAAGAAGAGGUUGAACGGUGGGUUGGGUGGGGAAGGGAAACGACCGGGAGAAAGUGGGAGGUUUGAGAGGGAUAUGAAAAGGAGGAAGAAUUGA